GAAGUAAUAUAUUCGGAAGCAACUUUGACCCAAAAAGAUAUAUAAUUCAUUUUAAAGAAAAAAUGAAAAGCAAAAGAAGCUAAGAAAAGCCUUUUAUAAUCCCCCGCGAGACCCAAAGAUCUCAACAAUCUCUCUCCCCUCAUCCACACAGUGUAUGAUUCCGUUUCACUAUCAGAGAGAGCUUCUUUAGAGUUUGUUACAACUGAGUCGAGAUAAAUGAGCGAACUCGAACCGGGAACGAGUCAGAUGACGACGACGACGGAGACGCACCGCACGACGACGACGUUUCUUGACUUGCUCCGGCGCCAGAUGAGCGGUGUGGAUCGCACAAGGAGGAAGCGGACUCUCAAAGAACGGCUGAGAUUCAAAUGCAUCGGAUGCUGUGGGCCCAUCAGGAGUCUCCAUCGUCAGCCCAACAACACUGCAACUACUCUCCACAGCCCAACAACCUCUAGGAGCGAAGACGAACUCGAAGAAGAGCAAACCGAAGCCCGAUUCGCUCCCGGGUCGGGUUCGGGUAUGAACCUCGCGACGGCGUUAGAGGCGGAGAGAUAUCAUCCGGCGGAGGCUGACAUGACGCCGACGAGAGUGUCGUUGAUGAGGUUGCUGGACGAGACGGCGGAGAGAGCGGUUGAUGACGGAAGGGAGACGGAGAUAUCGACGGCGUUAGCUGCGGGGAGUGAUACGGUGUGCUGCGUGUGUAUGGGAAGAAAGAGAGGCGCUGCGUUUAUCCCAUGUGGACACACUUUUUGCAGAGUUUGCUCCAGAGAGCUGUGGCUGAACCGGGGCUCGUGUCCUCUUUGUAACCGUCCGAUCAGUGAGAUUCUUGACAUAUUUUGAAACGACCGACGGCUUAAAGUUACUCGAUGAAUGUGACUAUACAUUUGAGUGUGAUGGGCGUCGAGACAAAGUUUUAUUACGGUUUGUACUUUGUUCGUUUCUUUUGUUCAUGAGAAAGCUGAUGUAAAUGCGAGAGAAAUACAAGAGAUUUCACAAGGCCCAUUAAAUCAAAAUCAAAAGCCCAAUAAUAUGUCAUAGUGUUCUGCUUAUGUUAGAAACUUGGCCUUAAACAUCUAAAGCCCAAAAAACAUCUGAGGCGAAUGAUUUGCUUUUGCCACUUGUCCUACCAAAAGCUUGCCCUAUAGCACACUGCCUUGCAACGUAAAGGAAAAUUGUCACAACAUGUUGUAAGGCCUGUUCUUUUUACGAUCGCUGACGCAGCGGUGAAUGACCAAAUUAUAACUGACUUUUUGCCCAAAUAUGUGGAGAAUACCGCUGGCGUCCUACUUUCCUUCAUUAAUAUCAGACGCAGCUCUCUUUUAACUGUCGCUUGUUUACACAGCGUCACGGAAAACACCGGCGACCCUUGUAAAAGGUGAUCGCAGCGGCAACUCGUUUGUUCUCCACCAUAUAUCUUUUCGAUUUUGAUGAGUAAAUUUUGAGACGCUGAUGCUGCGUCAGCGAUCAUAAAAAGAACAGGCCUGUAGUCCAUACCAUUGAGUUCAGUAACACGGAUGAGAACCAUGUUGGUAUCUACAUCAAUAGAUAAAUAUCAGAGAAAUCAGCUGUAUCAGAUUUAUCACAAAGAAGAUGGUACUAUGGUAAAGAUAUCUCUCUUAUGAAUUGAAAACCGAUACUAGUUUGGGUUGAAUAUGAUUCCUUAAGUAACAACUGAAAUUCACAAUUUAUCCUCUUAAUGACGCUAAGACAAAUAUUUCAUUGCUUUCUGUAACCAAAUUAAGAUUUAUCGCAAUAUCUCCUGGAGUGGAUGUAUGUUGGCUUCACUUCAUCAACGGGAUCUGUUCUUUCAUCUCACAAUAUUCUUGGUUGGACCUUCAAGCUCAAUGGGAAUGCAUCAGACAUAUUGUCUUCCAGGACUUCUUAGUGAUUAUAUAUCAAGACAUACAUAAUGUUCUUGAGAAGGAAGAAGUUCUUGAUGAUUGGAAGACUCAGUUUGGCUCAUAUAGUCUCGCUUACAAGGAUCUCUACAUUGCCACAAAGGGUUUCAAGAACAGUGAGCUUCUUGGUAAAGGAGGUUUAGAAAAUCUUACAAAGGUGCAUUAAUGUUAUCUAACCUAUACAUCGUGGUGAAGAAAGUUUCUUAUGAUUCAGACAAGGAAUAAUAGAGUUUAUCGCCAAGAUCGACACUAUCUGCCACCUUAGACACAUCCUAACUUAGCUCGGCUUCUUGUAUAUAUAUAUAUAUAUAUAUAAUUGAGUAAUAAAGUACACAACUCGUUGACAAUAAGAUUAAACAAAAAACUCCAUGAACAUGGCGGUGUGAAGGACCUACAAAAAGGCUUCUUCGUCUGCAACUAUGGCCCAUGUAUUAUCAAAUGUUAGUUCCAAUUUAUCAGUUAUCCAUAUAAGCGUGUAUUAUACUAUUAUAUAUAUUUGUGUGUUUUUUUGGAACAACAUAUUUUUAGUUAUAAGAAAAUGUCAUUAGUUAUGAAGCUCUAAUUAAAAAGAAAAGAGAGAAAAGUGUGCUAUAGUACUUUAAAAAGAUAGCUAGUAAGUAGUCCUAACAUGGUGGCAGGCAGUGUACGGAUAUGGAAAUGGGAAAACCUCAGACUCAGAUACCAGAUUUACGUAACGUCGAAGUUGCGUGCAGUGCAGAUGAGAUAGAGAGAGAGAAAGAGGGUUACGGAUAUUUAUGACAUUUCAUAAUCAGAGACCCUACGUUAUUAAAUGAGUGUGAGAUAAUGUUAUCAAUCACAUGCCCUCACAUUAUCAAGUCUGUUUCCAAACACAAACGAACCAACAAAAUUCCUUUGCUAUAACUUAUUUUCCUCUUUCUUGCAGCAAUUUUUUUUCCCUCUAGAAUUUAUAUUAAAAAAGGCCCAAAGCCAAAGUUUUACAAAGCCCAUAACACAACCAGGCCCAACAUUACAAAUCGGCCCGAGGCCCAAAGCGCAGGAAACCCUAGCUCCCGCUAGUCUGCCGCAUCUCCACUCCACCACCGUACGACCUCGUCGGAGAAAGAAACAGGGAGGCUCCAAUCGAGGAGAAAUCUGCUCGGUUAGUGCGACACACAAACCAACCGCCUCAAUUUGAUCUUCUCCGCCACAGCGCCGCCGGAAUAAACCCAAACUGAAACUGUGUUUCGUCGGAUCUCGAAAAACAAACCGAGCCUCCAACGAGACCACCUCCGUUCGAGACAGAAUUGUCUUCACGCUGUGAGAAUUGUUCGAUCUAACGAAAUCUCAAAGGCCUUUGAACUACUUCAAACCCUAGACAACAGAAACGCGAACCGGAGCAAACAACCCCCAACACCUAACCCCACUGUCGAUUCUUUCACGGGGAAGGCUCCCCAUCGACAUCUCAAACCUCCACCGAGACACCACUCAUAAAACCGGAGCAUAAAGAGCCUCCACCUUCCAAUCUAACUAGAUCCGACCGUUCACCUGAGUAAGGAGCCACGGUGGUUACAAAAGCCGACCGUCCUCCUGUGUAAGGAGCCACGGCGGUCACCAGAACCGGACGACCACCUCGAAGGGAGCGCGGCGCCGGAAAACUUAGAUCUACUCAAAAAGGGAAAAAAAACCCUAGACAAGAAGGAAACAAAAGAGAACAAAGGGGAACCGGGCCGGCGGUGGCAUAGAAAGCCCACCCCGUCGGCCGGCCAAAACCAGCGGCGGAUUUAUUUCUUUCUCUCUCUGGCUGUUUU